UAUGCUCCCCCGCUUUGCGCCAAUGAGGGCGGGCGCCGCUCGCGCUCCCGGCCUGCCCCGCGGCGGGGCAACAUGGCGGCGCCCGGCGGCCUGGCGGCGGCUCGGGCCGUGCGCUGGGCCCUGAGGGCCGCCGCGGCGGGGCCGCUCUUGCCGGGCUCAGCGCGUCUCCUGGAGAGCUGCAUCCCGCGGGCCACCGUGCUCCCUGCCCGCUGGAGCGGGAGCAGCUCGGCACUAGGCAGCAUCCUGGGCAUCCCCGCCGAGAAGCCGAGUGACGCCCUGGGCCAGCACCCGCCGCCUGUUGCCACCAGCAAAAAGGAGCAAGACCGCCUGUUACAGAAUCAGCCUGACCAGCCCCAGAACCCCAAGGUUUUAAGAAUUGCCAUCAUCGGAGCACCCAAUGCUGGGAAGUCCACGCUCUCUAAUCAGCUCUUGGGCAGAAAGGUUUUCCCUGUCUCUCGAAAAGUGCACACAACCCGAUGCAAAGCCCAAGGUGUUGUCACGUAUGAGGACACACAGCUGAUCAUUCUGGACACACCUGGCCUCACUAGUCCCCUUAAAGCCAAAAGACAUAAAUUAGAUGAAGCCAUGCUGACAGACCCAUGGGACAGCAUGAAACAUGCGGAUUUAGUUCUGGUUUUAGUGGAUGUGUCAGAUCACUGGACACGAAACUGUCUUAGCAAGGAGGUGCUGCAGUGUCUUUCUGAGUUUCCUGAGAUCCCCAGUGUCCUGGUUCUGAACAAGGUGGAUCUGCUGAAGAAGAAGUACAUCCUGCUGGAACUAGUAACUGAGCUAACAGAGGGAAUUGUAAAUGGAAGGAAACUGGAAGUGAGAUCUGCGUUUGAACAUAAUUCCAGUUCUUCAGCAAAGCCUCCUCUUCAGAUCACUCAGGCUUCUCCACCUGAGAACAGGGCCCGUGAGCCUCACUGUCUGCAGGAAACAGGUCAAGCCCAAGAAGGCUGUAGCUUGGACAACAGUGGUGAUACGAGGGCUUCUGAGUCCAGUCUUGUCGCAGAAGCAGCACAAGGGCCAAACCGCUAUGGACCCAGAGAUCUAAAAAAUAUGAAAGGCUGGCCGUGCUUCCAGGAGAUUUUCAUGCUGGCAGCUCUCCGUGGGGAGGAGGUGGAUACACUCAAGCGGUACCUCCUGAUGCAAGCCAAGCCAGGCCCUUGGGAGUUUCACAGCGAGGUCUUGACCAGCCAGUCACCUCAAGAGAUCUGCAAUAAUAUCAUCCGCGAGAAGGUACUGGAGUACCUGCCACUGGAAGUGCCCUAUGGCGUGACUCAGGUGACUGAGAUAUGGGAGGAAGGACCGAGCGGGGAGCUCCUUAUCGUGCAGAACCUCUUGGUCCCAAGGAAGUCUCAUAUGGUGAUGUUGAUCGGAAGAGGAGGUAAGGUUAUCAGUAGGAUUGCUCAGGAGGCUGGCCGGGACCUGAUGAACGUUUUCCUGUGUGAUGUCCGCUUGAAGCUCAAGGUGGAUGUGAAGAGUUGAGCUCUUUGUGUAUGUUUUAACAGCCCAUGAGCUCUUCGGUCAUGCAGAGAAACCAGUCCCAUUUUUCCCUGUGGAUAUCUCGGCACCUUUAUUCAAUUCAGAAACAGAGGAUAAUGGAAUCAAUAUAGCGGGCUGAAGUAGAAUGUAUUAUUCGUUGGGGGAAUGGCCCAAACUGAAAUAAAGUCUUCAGACCUUC